AUGGCUCAUUGCUCGUUGAUGCAUUUGGGCAUUUUCUUCUUUGUUUUUUCCACGACGAUAUCAAAUGAUGAAGUCAACUCCUUCAAUGCAACAGCUAUGAAUAAAUUAAUCAUGUCAUCGUAUCAAGAAAGUCUUGAAAUGCUUGAUGGAAAAGCAUUGCCUAUCAGACAAAGACGAAGCUCAUCCAUAUCGUCCAUCCGUGGCUUUACAUUUAGUCGCCAAACUGAGACUGAGACUCAAGAGAUUGGACGAGCUGCUGAGGUUUUUCAAUCAACUCUGCAAGGCCUUGGGAAAAAAUUGAAGCAGAGGUAUAAAAGGGAUAUCACAUCAACAGGUUUGCUUUCUUGGGAGCAUAUGGAGCUGAUCGCGGAGCUCUCAGGAUGUCCGCCUCCAGCACAUCCGACUGACUGCCAGUAUAGCCACCUCAGCAAAUAUCGUUCCAUAAAUGGCAUGUGCAACAACAGGUACAAUCAUUACUGGGGAGCAUCCAACAUUCCUUUGGUAAGGUGGCUCCCACCUCAAUAUGAAGAUGGAGUGCGACAACCCAAAGGUUGGAACAAAGGAAGGCUGUAUAAUGGAUUUGAGCUUCCCAUGCCAAAAGAAGUCAGCAAAAAUAUCAUAGAGAGCGCUACCAAAUGUAAAGAUGAUACCUACUCUCAUAUGCUUGUGGAGUGGGGCCAGUACAUUGAUCAUGACAUAACACUGACUCCUCAAAGCCCUGGGAAACCUGGUGAUGACUGCCUGAACACUUGUGAAAAUGUGUAUCCCUGCUUUCCAAUCCAGCAGGCACAUGAUAACGUCUCAAGUCCACAAAACUGCAUGCCUUUCAAUCGCUCCUUACCAGCCUGCUUCAAAGGAUUUCUCCCUGAUAUUUCUCAAGCCUUGCAGCAACAACAGAUCAAUGCCAUCACAUCCUUCAUUGAUGCUUCAGUUGUGUACGGCUCCAGUCAAAAAGCGAACAACUUUCUGAGAGAUCUCGAUGGGUUCAAUGGGAAAAUGCGGGCUAAUAAGCACUUUAAGGACAGCCACGGAAGACCUUACCUUCCUUUUGAAGAAUCUCUAGAAUCAGCCUGUAUCCACAGUAAGGAAAAUGUGGCAUGUUUCCGUGCUGGAGAUAGUCGGGUCAACGAGGGCCUGCCUCUGACCAGCUUGCACACGCUUUGGGUGAGGCAACACAAUCAAAUAGCUGAAAAACUUAAAAAACUCAAUGGUCACUGGAAUGCGGCGACUGUAUACGAAGAAACGCGCAAGAUUAUUGGGGCUCUGCACCAGAUUAUAACCAUGAGAGAUUAUCUACCAAAAAUAAUUGGUAAAGAUUUUUUUGAUGAUUACAUUGGACCGUAUAGAGGAUAUGACCCAACUGUGGACCCAUCUGCCUCUAAUGUUUUUGCCACGGCGGCCUUCCGGUUCGGUCACGCAACUAUCUCCCCAGUUGUCAGCAGACUCAAUGAAAGCUACCAGGAGCAUGAAUAUUUUCCAAACUUGAUGCUGCACGAAACCUUCUUCAGUCCAUGGAGAAUAAUUAAAGAAGGUGGGAUAGACCCAAUCCUGAGAGGUGCAAUUGGAACAGAAGCAGCAUCUCUUCAUUCAAACAAACUGCUGGCAGAUGAGCUGACAGAGAGGCUGGUUGUUUUAGCUAUUCCACAACAGAUGGACCUGGCUUCACUAAACCUGCAGAGAGGACGAGAUCAUGGUCUCCCAGGAUACAACGAUUGGAGAGAUUUGUGUCGAAUGGAGCGCAUCAAAACACUAGAAGACUUGAAACAAGUUGUAAGUAAUGCCAGUGUUGCUGAAAAGAUACUUCAACUUUACAAACAUCCUGAUAACAUUGACGUAUGGCUCGGAGGACUUGUUGAGACGUUCCUUCCAGGCUCAAGAACUGGUCCUGUGUUUGCAUGUUUGAUCGCAAAGCAGAUGAAAGCACUUCGAGACGGUGACAGGUUUUGGUGGGAGGCAGAUGGUAUGUUCAGCCAACGACAGCGGGAUGAACUGGAAAAAGUUUCACUUUCUAAGAUUAUCUGUGACAAUACUGACAUCACAGAAGUCCCACUAGAUGCCUUCGUUUUUGAGAAGUACCCCUCAUCUUACGUCUCAUGUAACACUUUAAUGGCAAUUAAUUUGGAGGCAUGGAGAGAGGAAAAAAGUGAAGAUUUAAAACAUUGCGGCUCUCCGUCACAGAUAGAGAAUGGUGAUUAUGUACUUUUGUCACUACCUUCCAAACUGGUGGCCCUGUACUCCUGUUACCAUGGCUUUAAGUUAGAGGGUGAUGCCACGAUUGAUUGUGAAGGACAUCAAUGGAGCAACAAAUUUCCAAAUUGCAAAUAUAAUGGCAAUAUUUAGGGAAACGUGAGUGUGGAGUAUGUCUUCUUGCAGGUGUUCCCCCCCAUACACAGCAUGUACUUACACAUUUACUGUAUGCUCUACAUUGACUAAAGCUUUGCAGCCAUCUGCUGGUAAAAAUAGAGUAAUGAAAAGUGGUGAAUUCAUAUGUGAAUGCGUAUCCUUAACUUUUCAAAUUGUCCCUAAUAACCAUGCAUAUAAAAUACACAACUCAGCUUGACUUGUAAUAACCAUGCAAUUUAAUUUCCUAGAAAAUGCUUCAAAGGGUGGAGAUAAUGGAGCAGACAUACACAACAAAGGAAAUAAUGCUAUCCUCCUUCAUUACAGUAUACUAUGCAGAAAAUAACUUUUCAAAACUGGAUGCAAUUUUUUAAUGUAUAAAUUAAAACGAGUGGCUUAUUAAUAAGCAAGAAAGUCACACAAAGGAAAUAUGUUUUCUGUUGAAAAUGUCGCUGUUGUUGACUGUAUGAUAUUUGUUUGCCAAGAAGUUGAAACCUCUCAAGAGAUAACGCUCCAUAUUUUUUAUUUUGUAAUGUAUUGUAUCGUAUUGUAUGAUAUUAAAUUGUAAUGGACUUUGCCUGCAGUUGGAUGCUGUAGAGCUAAUCAAUUUAAGACUAACGAUGAAAACUUGGGACCGUGAAGAUGAUUGUACAUGUUUUGUUAGUUUGAUGACAAGAAAAAAAAAACACAAAUAUAUACGUGAAUAUAUACGUAUAUAAAGGCCCAAAAGAGGUAGUCUUUCCAGUUUGUUGCACAGCUAAAUUACAAAAAGUAUA